UAGUUCCUCUGGUAUCAGUUUACCAAAACUCUUCGUUUAACGUGUACGUUUCAAAACAGAUGUGUACAGUUAAUUUGUUUUAAAAAUGAAGGAUUUAACAACUGUUUUCCUUCUGUUGUUCAACUUAAACAGAAUAUCAGGACAGUUCUCUUUUGGUUGUCCUUCUGGAUGGGAACUACAUGGUAGCCAGUGUUAUCUAUUUGAACAAGACAAAAAAAGGAUUUAUGAAGAAGCGGACGCAGCCUGCUGGGUAAAUGGCGCCACCUUGGUGAGCGUGAAUGAUUACAAUGAACAUCAGUUUAUAUCCGACUGGCUUGUUAAACACGACUUGCAUCAUGGUUCAGUGUGGCUAACGAGCGGUGUAUACUACCAGGACAGUCUUGUAUGGGAUGGUGACAAUACACUUGGUGAACAAGGUUUUGAUGUCUGGUCUGCCGGGCAUCCACCAGAUUCUGACGAAAAACUUACCAGAAUCGCCUACACUAGAGGAGGACAAUUGAGUAUUGGCGGCUACGGUUGGCAGGUUGUCUCCGAGAGUACAGCAUAUGCUUAUAUCUGUGAAAUGUCAAAGUUGGAUGCACAAGGCAGAAAAGUAGAAGAUAGAGAUUUCACGUAUGGACAAAGUACAAACGAUAUUAAAGAUAUGAAAAGGGGACCAGUGUUUAUUGAACAACCCCGCAGUCUUGCUGUGUUUGGAGAGAAUUCGCCGACAGCAUAUAUAGAAUGUAAGGCGACAGGUAAUCCUUUACCGACAUACAGCUGGACCCGGGAAGGCGGCCAAACUGUAAACUCGGAGUUAGAUAAUAGGUAUACAUUGAGUGCAGGUCGUUUUUCGAUACAAGAUCCAGUUAAAAAAUACGACAGCGGUGAAUACAAUUGUGUUGCAACAAGUGACUCAUUUGGGAAAAUCCUAAGCAACCCAGCCAAUAUCAUCUUUGGAAGCUUGGGAGAAUUUUCCCCUGUGCAACCAGAGGCUGUACAGGCAAAUAAAUUUGAGGGAUCCAGAAUAAGCUGCCAGGCACCUUCAGCUUUUCCAGCAAAGGCGUACAGUUGGUUCUACAACAGUAUAGCUGAGCCGGUUUUUAAAGGGCAUGAGAACAUGUUUGUGUCCAGCUCUGGUUAUCUGUAUUUCUCUUCUGUCCAACCGACUGAUCAAAGGAAGUACUUUUGUUCGGUCACAUUGAUUGCGUCAUCAGAAUACGACACCGUGAUAGAUCAACCGCCCAGCAGAAUCAGCCUUGGUGUUGACCUGUGGGUUACGGGUACAGAACAUGGAUAUUUCAAACCAUUUGUAUACACACAUACCUUUCCUUCCCCGGCUGUCAGAGGAGCUCAAAUCAGACUAGAGUGUGUGGCUUACGGCUCAUUACCACUGACAUACAGCUGGCGUCGUGCUGACGGUAGGGAGUUUCAACCGGGAACCAGGCUCGAGGACAAUAACCGCGUACUGAUAAUUGAAGAUGCUACAAUUGAAGCUGAAGGGUUAUACACUUGCACCGCAAAUGGACGUGCUGGUGUUACGUCGAAAAACAUAACACUCUCAGUGGAAGCGAAGCCUUAUUUCCCCUUCGGCAUAGGAGACCGGUUUGUUGAUCCAAGUCAGACGUUCUUGUGGCGUUGCAAAGCUGUUGCUAGACCAGAGGCUACGUAUUCGUGGUAUAAAAAUGGCGAACUUAUCAAAAACCAACCAGGAGUUCUUGAAGUACAUAAACACUUCAUAGAGAUCUUUAAUGUUGACGCAGCACGUGAUGAAGGGAUGUAUCAAUGCGGUGCUACAAAUGUACACGGAACUACUUUCAGUUAUGGCCAGCUUAAAGUAUUGUCAUUCAAACCAACAUUUGACAAGAAUCCAAUGGUUUCAUAUAUCCAGAUGCCAUUUGGUGGAAAUUACACAUUACCUUGUAAAGUAGAAGCCGCUCCUGUUCCCGAUAUUGUUUGGUUAAAGAACGGAUCUCCCUUACCUUUGACGCCGGGUAUAGUUGACGGUCAUAUAGGCAUGACCUUUGAAAAUGAUCUAGUGUUCAAUACUAUUGAAAGCAGUGACCAAGGAAUGUAUACAUGCAAGGCGACUAAUGUGAACGGAGAGGCAAUAAACUCUACAAGAGUUGAUGUUAUCAGAGGUAUCAACAUAGCAACCGCACCCGUGGACACAAGAGUUCGAGUAAACAACACGGCGUUCUUGUUUUGUCAGGCGGCCUAUGACAGCCGUAGUUUUGAUUUGACGUAUCAAUGGAGAAUUAAUGGACAUCUCAUUGACCCGGAAUUUGACCCACACUUCUUGCUGAGCAAGAGAGGUGGUCUCGAUGGUCUUUAUAUUUUGAAUGCGCAGUUUAAACAUACUGGCAAGUACACGUGCGAGGCUCGUACAACGAUACACAUUGAUAGCAGGAGCGCUGAUCUCUACGUGGAAGGGCCUCCCGGGGCCCCAGCAGGUGUGUAUGCUGAUUCGACAUCCAUCACAUCCGACUCCGUCCGUGUGAUCUGGACAGUGAGCACUGAAAUCAACCAUGGUAGCGCUAUAAUCAGUUAUGACAUGGAGACUGAACUAGGAAUAUACCCUGGUGAAUGGAGAACGGUAGCAACUGAUAUCCUGGAUUUUUCAGCAAUGAAUGAGGCUAUAAAUUUUGGACUAAGGGACGAUCAAAGGUUAGCAAUGAUAUCCGGACUGUUGCCCGACAUUGACUAUAGGUUUAGAGUCCGAGGCAUCAAUAGCUUUGGAAGAGGUCAAGAAGCAAGUUGGGGGUCUGUGUCCAUCAAAACACCAGCAAGAGCGCCUGUAACUGUUCCUAGAAACAUUCGUGGUCUAGACGAAGGAAAAGUUGGCACAUUAAACAUUGUCUGGGACCCUCUGGAUAUAUCGGAGUACAGUGGAUCCGGGGUCGGAUACAACGUUUACUUCAGGAAAUCAGAUGAUCCAAAGGAAUGGUUUCAUGUAAAAGUUCCAGGGGCAAAAAGUUCAAUGUAUUCACAUCUGGUAGGGGAAGAUAAUUUUUACCUUGAAUAUUCCGUAAAGGUUGGAGCGUUCAACGAUCAUGGCAGUGGUCCAAAUUCUACUGUACACACUGUCAUGUCUGCGGAAGGCAUGCCAAUAGUAGGUGUAAUAAUGGGCGACUGCGACAAUUACAACGAGUCGGCGUUUACCAUGACGUGGACACCAGUGGAAGAUACACGAGAGGUGGUAAAGGGAAAACUGAAAGGAUAUAGGUUACGGUAUUGGCACGAUGACUUUCCGGAAUAUGUGAUGUGGAGGGAUCUGUACGGACAGCAUGAUUCUGCCGUCAUCAUUGGUCUAGAGGAUAACACAAACUAUUGGGCUUCGGUACAGGUUAUGAACUUUGCUGGUGUUGGACCUAUUGGUGAAAUCCGUCUGGCUGAGACAUUUCAUUUAGCUCCAAUAGACUACCCGCGACAUGUGAAAGUGUGGCCACACUCGCAGCAUGCUAUUAGAGUCACUUGGCAAGGUGUCAGCACAUUAUUUAACGAGGAAUCUCUGCAAGGAUAUAUUAUUCGAAUUUGGAAAAUCCAGGAAGAUAUAAGAACUGCUCGAGAUGUCGUGGUAGAUAAAGUUAGAGAAGCUGUCGUUGAGGGUUUACAAACACAAACUGUCUAUGUUCUUCGUAUGUUAGGUUACAGUGUUGGCGGUGAUGGGACCCUCAGUCCUCAUAUCUAUUUUACAGUUGAAGGAGGAAAUGUACCAUUUGAUCCUACGACAACUAGAUUUUGCUUCACAUCAGAAGAAUGUGACUCUGGCUCUUCAUUGAAAAUGUCAUUGUUUUUAACACUUCUUUUAACCUUUAUGCACCUUUCCUUAUGAUAUGCUCAAUAUUUUAAUGUAUUGAUUAAGUAAUAACGGUAAGUGACAUAUCAGGACUGAAGAAAACUUUCAGACAUUUUCUCUGUGCACAAUAAACUGAAACGUUGAUAUUUUGUAUCUGGUGGCAUGGUCCAAUUUACCAAGCACUCACUGUCCAAAUGUUGGGAGUAGACAGUGUAUACUAAAACGUUGUUAAGUGAUAAUUCUGUUGUACAUCAAAUUGUAGUUCCCGGUGUAGAUUUCUUUCAUCAUGUCAUGAAGUAAGACUCUAAGUCUAUACAUGUAUAUAUGUACAUGACAGGUUUAUUAUAUGUGCCAUAUUAGACCCAUGCUUCUUAAAAUUUUAAAAACGCCUUAAAUAUAAAUAUAUUUGAAAUCGUUGCAUUACAACCAUUUUCAGUCUUCUUAACGAGACAAGUAUUGUAAAUAAAUUGUAAAUAAAUGUUAUGUAUAUAUCAUAUAGACAAAACUGAUAUAAUAUGAUUAUUCUACAUGUUUUAGGGUGAUCUUCAAAAACCAGUAAUGGAACACAUUUCCUAAAAAAGAUUUAUUUCCAGUAUUUUAUUUUAAUUAUGUUUAAUAUACCUUAUAUUUUGUCAUGUGUUUAUAUUGAGAGGUUGAGAUACGAUACUUACACGAGUACGUGUGCGGGAAGGAUUGUAUUCUGUGUUUUAAAUGGCGGCUGUCAAUAAUAAGAACAUAGAAAUAUUUUAGUAAAUGUGAUGAUAUAUGCAAGCUAAGAAACAUGUUAGUCGGACCAGAGCUAAGAAACAUGUUAGUCAGACCAGAAGUGUUAUAUCUUGCUUCGUCAUGAUGUCUUUGUCUGUCUGUGCCGUCAGUAAAUUACAUAUGGAAUGAAACUUCUAAUAUUAUUUCUUAUUUCAUACCGAACGAAGAUUUUUAAUGUUGCCUGAAAACGAAGCGACAAAAAUGCACGCAUGUUUAUCACGCCUGAGAAAUGGUUAAAUGCAAUAUUAUUGUACCAUUACUGCCUAUUAGGAUUUAUCCACCUUGAAAAAGUUAUAUCGGCCGACAUAUCAAACUUCAAUAAUCAAAUCCAAACAUUCGCAUUUGGUCAUUUUUUCCUGUAAAUUGUAACUCUUUGUAAUAUCAGAAUGUCUUGACGUAAUUACAACGGCAUGACUCCGACAUAUGAGUAAUUAAUCAUGUGACCAAUGGAAAUCAGUUAAUGAUAAACUGUUUUAUGAACAACUGUUUUAUGAACCGGAGGACGAAAUUUUGAACAAAGAAGAGACUGUGUACAUUAAGUAGAAUACAGGCGUAAAUAGUCUUGUUAAACCAGAAUAUGUCCAGUUUAGUGAACAAGUUUAGUUAUUGGACGCUUAUUGCAAGUAUAAAGUACAAGCAAUGAGACACCACUUCAUAGAAUUAAUUAUAUAUCAAUAUUAUUACACGGACUGCGUGGAAUAAAAAAGGUACACUAAUACAAUGAUGUGUUUUUGAUGUAUGCCAAUCGUAAAUUUAGUUUAUUUUUGUUUGCUGAAUAUUCUGGUUUGGUGUGUAUGUGCAACAGAAGCAGUUAACAGGCUGUAUCAUUAAACGAGACGAUAAUCUGGGCAAUGUUUAUUCACACAAAUAUUUUGUUUCUCCUUGAAGUAAAUUACUCCAAAUCGCAGUACUAUAAUGACACUGUCACUUUUUGGAACGUGUGCACGUGAUUUAACAACUGCAUAAUAAAAUAUUAUAAAUCUUCAUUUAAAGGGCACGUGGCCGUACCUUCAUCGCAUACUUGUAACAGGAACAUGAAUAUUCAAGUUGUUAUUAAUAUGGAAAACAGAAUAUUUUAUAUUUCUCAUGGCUUACACAGUAGAGUUAGCGUUUCUAAUAUUUUAUAGCUAAAGGUAUAUAUUAGUGCCGUGUACAAUUCAAUUAAUAACAAUAUUACAAGUAAUUAAAAAUGUAAAAGUGCACGCAACAAUGUUGUUAUGUUUUUGCUUAGCCGCAAUCUGUAUAGCUUCACUCUGCUGUAUCAUACAUCGCCGAAGAUCAUUCUGUAUGUGUGUACAUUUUAAUACCCAUUAUAUUCAUUGUACAUUGUCAGGGGGAAAAUAAAGAUGUUUUCCAUUAUUUUUUAAAGUGUUAUUUUUUUCUGUUUUCGGCUUGAGAUUUACGUAGAAAGGACUGCAUGCUUAAUCUCGAUACACAGAGGAUAUUACAGGAGUACGUUUUGAUAUUGUAGUUAUUAAACGAGCUGAAUAAAUUAACAGAAUGCGAGGCUCUGAGCCUUUUA